CACACACACUCAUCAACAGAGGUAAUUGGCGAAUUAUUGUAAUUUUUUUUUUCAUAAUUUCUAAUUAGAAAAAAUAAAUUUAAUCACUGGAAUUUAGUUAAAUGAUUGUUUGACAAUUAUUUCAAGUUUUGUCUAGGUCAAUUUAUAAGAAAAAAAAUACAAUUAAUCACAAGUGAGGACUAUUUUUUGUAGCCAAGUCUCCGCCAUCAUCAUAUUGAUGUUUUUUUUUUUUUUUGACAUCAACGGAGAGAGAGCGAAGGAAGGAUAACACCGUCGUACUCCACUGCUUAUAAUCUCUCUUCUGUCAUUUAAAUCAAUUUAAAUACUCUCUAAAAAUACAUGUAUUUCUCUGUUUGACAUUUAAAAUAUCAAUACAAUAAUAUUAUCAUUAUUAUCUAGAAAAAAAUCAAAACAAUAACAUCAAACAGAAACAUGUCAUUCCGUGAUCGUGAUAGAAAUGAUAGACGUGGAGGUGGUGGUGGUGGUGGACAACGUUUUGGUGGUGGUGGUGGACGUGAUUCAGGAAAUUCAUUCGGUGGUAACAACUCCUACAAGAAUAAUAAUAACAAUAACAAUAAUAGUAAUCAACAACAACCAGGUGAUCGUCUUCGUAAACCUCGCUGGGACAGUGAAAGUCUUAUGCCAUUUAAAAAAAAUUUUUAUACACCACAUCCAAAUGUAGUAUCACGUAAUCCUCAAACUUAUCAACUGGCAAAAGAAAUAACAUUAAAAGGUUCAUCAAUACCAUCGGCAAAUUUGCAUUUCGAGGAAUCAGGUUUCCCUGAUUAUGUUGUGACUGAAUUACGUCGUCAACGAUUUCACGAACCAACGUCAAUUCAAGCACAAGGUUGGCCAAUUGCAUUGUCAGGGAGAGACAUGGUUGGUAUUGCACAAACUGGAUCUGGUAAAACACUAGCUUAUAUAUUACCAGCAAUAAUACAUAUUAAUCAUCAGCCACGUUUAAAUCGUGGUGAUGGACCAAUUGCACUUGUACUAGCACCAACACGUGAAUUGGCACAACAAAUACAACAAGUUGCUGCUGAUUUUGGUGUUGCAUCACAAGUUAGAAAUACAUGUAUAUUUGGUGGUGCUCCAAAAGGACCACAAGCACGUGAUCUUGAAAGAGGAGUUGAAAUAUGUAUUGCCACACCUGGACGUCUUAUUGAUUUUCUUGAACGUGGUACAACAAAUUUACGUAGAUGUACAUAUUUGGUACUUGAUGAAGCUGAUCGUAUGUUGGACAUGGGUUUUGAGCCACAAAUAAGAAAAAUUGUCGAACAAACAAGACCAGAUAGACAAGUACUAAUGUGGUCAGCAACAUGGCCAAAAGAAGUUAGAAAUCUUGCUGAAGAAUUUUUAACAAAUUACAUACAAAUAAAUAUUGGAUCACUUCAGUUGGCUGCUAAUCAUAAUAUACUACAAAUUGUUGAUGUUUGUGAAGAGCAUGAAAAAGAGGAAAAAUUAAUGAAACUGCUUGAAGAAAUAUCAAAUGAACCAGAAAAAAAAACAAUAAUAUUUGUUGAAACAAAACGUAAAGUUGAUGAUAUAACACGUGCAAUAAAUAGAUAUGGAUGGAAAGCCAUUGGAAUACAUGGUGAUAAAAGCCAACAAGAAAGAGAUCAUGUUCUUAAUCAAUUUCGUAAUUCACGAUCAGAAAUUUUAGUUGCUACUGAUGUUGCAGCUCGUGGUCUUGAUGUGGAAGAUGUCAAGUUUGUGAUAAAUCUUGAUUAUCCAUCAAACUCAGAAGACUAUGUCCAUCGUAUUGGCAGAACUGGUCGUUCACAACGUCUUGGUACAGCUUAUGCAUUUUUUACACCAGCUAAUGCACACAAAGCUAAUGACUUGAUACAAGUCUUGGAGGAAGCAAAACAAGUUGUUAAUCCAAAACUUUAUGAGCUGGCAAAAAAUAAAAGAGGUCGUUUUAAUCCAAGAAAUGGAGCCAGUAAUGGUGGUAAUGGUGGUUCACGAAAUUACAACAAUGGACGUGGUGGUGCUGGUAAUUCUCGUGGUGGUUUUCGAGGUAGAUUUUCAAAUGAUCGUCCACGAUUUGAUCGCAGUGGUGGUGGUGGUGGUGGUGGAGGAAGUGGUGGUGGUGAUCGUUCUGGCAGAUGGGGAUCAAGCAAUAAUGCAGGAAGUAGCAGAGGAGGACAUUCAGGUAAACCAUAUUUUCAAAACAAUUAUAAUUCUGGAAAUGGAUCAGGCAGUAGCAACACUUAUGGAUCAUCAUAUGGAUCCCAACGAAAUGGCUAUUGACUGUAAUAUUAAGUAACAGAAAAAAAAAUACUUAUUAUUAUUUAAACAAUAUUAUGGUAAGAAAUAUCAUUAUUACUAUUAUUUGUUUUUUUUUUUUUUUUUUUUCUUUUUUAGUUGUAAAAAAAAAUAUAAAAAUAUUAUAUAUUUUGACAUUACUAAAAAGUAUUCAUAGUAAAUUAUAAAAUGAUUUAUUUAAAAAUCAUUAAAAUAUAUAUUAUUAAAUUGGCUUUUAUUUUAUUGUUUUGUUAUCUAACAUUUUUUUAAAAUUUUUAAACAAUAAUUAUAUUACAGUUAUUAUUCUCUAAAGUAAAUAUAAAUAAAUAGUAAAAAAAAGAUAAAAUAAAAUAACUAAAGUCUACCCGAGAGACACUUUAAUCUAUAAGAUAACUAGAAUAUUUAAAAUAAAUAAAUAAAUAUUAAUUCUGUCUUCAGGCAUUUAUAAUAAUAAAAUAAAAUAAUAAAUAAUAAUAAUAGCAA